CCGAGAGGGUACCUCCUGGUUUCGUGGAUCAGAUCGGUGGGAGUGCUCCCUUGACAUUGACCGUGGUCGAUUUCAAACUCCACUGGAAUUUUGACUGUAUAUAUGCCUUGUUUCCUGGGUCCAAGGGAAGCAUGAGUCUGUUGGGACUUAGGAUAAGGAGAAAACAAGACAUCUUCACAAGGAAAACCAGACAGUAACAACAAAUAUCCCAAAGUCUGAAGAGACAGAAGACAAACAUGGCGGACAGAGGACUUGGGGAUCCUCCGGAGGACUCCCAAAAGGAUUUGGAAAAUAACUCAUCAAUAAAUUCUCAGGCACAGGAGAUGAUGGUCACAGCAAGUACCACUGAAGAAGCUCAUACCCUGAGUCCUGCCUCUGGCCUCAACAAAGACCCACAAGAGGUUGAAACAGUAGGUUCAGGAAGUACAGGUACAGCUGAUCCAUCAGAAAGUCCUGAUGAAACAAAUUGUGCGCAACACCCAAAGGAUGAAACAGAACUUGAGACCAACCAGAGUUUUCAAGAUGGCGAACAAGAGCAUCAACUCUCUUCGGAAAGUCUGGGUGAAGAGCCCUUGCAUCCAGAACCCAAUUGUUCUCCAGGUGACGAGGCAGAAAGAGCAGAUGCACCAAUAGGGAGCAGCUCCUCGGACCUCCCUGAGGAAGUGAGCGGCAGACCCGGAGCUUCCCAGGGGUCACCUGCUGCAGACUCCCUGGGUGCCCAGAGUCUUGGUCCUUCCAGUGCAGGGCUGGAGAGCCAGGGGACACUGAGGAGGCGACUGGUGGAGCCAGAAGCUGAAAGUCAUCAACAAGAAACACACCCAUUGGAAGAAAACAAAGAGAAUGCACAGGGCGCCAUCAGGAAGAUUAAUAACAAGGACUUUUUGAGCUACGGCCCCGUCAUUCUCGGCUUCCUGGUUGCCAUGGUUGUCGUUCUGAACUCGGUUCACAGCUACUUCCCGGCCCAGCACGUGUCCCGAAACCCGGCCCUGGAGGCCUUCCUGGCCCAGUUCGGUCAGCUGAAGGAAGCGUUUCCGGGCCAAAGUUCCUUCAUGUGGCAGCGGGGCCGGAAGUUCCUCCAGAAGCACCUCAACGCCUCCAACCCCACCGAGCCGGCCACCAUCAUCUUCACGGCAGCUCGGGAGGGAAGAGAGACCCUGAAGUGCCUCAGCCAUCGCGUCGCCGACGCCUACACCUCCUCCCAGAAAGUCUCCGCCAUCCAGAUCGACGGGGCCGGGCGGACCUCGGAGGAUAGCGACACGGUCAAGCUGCUGGUUGACAUGGAGCUGAGCUCUGGCUUCGAGAACGGCCAGAAGGCCGCCGUGGUGCACCGCUUCGAGUCCCUUCCCGCGGGCUCCACCCUCAUCUUCUACAAGUACUGCGACCACGAGAACGCCGCCUUCAAGGAUGUGGCCCUGGUGCUGACGGUUCUCCUCGAGGACGAGACGUUAGAAGCGAGUGUCGGCCCGAGGGAAACGGAAGAAAAAGUGAGAGAUCUUCUCUGGGCGCGGUUCACCAACUCGAACACGCCCCACUCCUUCAACCACAUGGACUCGGACAAGCUGAGCGGGCUGUGGAGCCGCAUCUCCCACCUGGUGCUGCCGGUGCAACCGGUGAAGCGCAUAGAGGAGCAGGGCUGCCAGCUGUGAGCCCAGUGCGCCUGCGCGCGAGGCCGUGGGAGCCUCAGGGGCGGGCGCGAGGACGCCGCCUGAAAAGUGCAGGGGAGCUGUUUGGAGGGAAAAUAAUCUUUUAUUUUUCACUUCUUGCAGUUCUUACAAGCUAAGCAUGGCCAAGCUAAAAGCUGACCUGACUUUGUUUCCUUGCCUUUCAAGCAAAUCGGGUUUGAAAUAUAGCAUGAUAUAUAUAACUGCGGGUUUUUUUAAUCUAAAAAUACAGCAGCAGAAUUAUUGCACAGGAAAACAAUCUUGGCAGAGUAACUACAGAGUGAUUUUUGUAUCAUAUGUGAAAUGUUUCAAAAGCUAAUUUUAAUAGCCUGGUGGUGGGAUUACAUUUUAUACUAAUUUGCACUUUUUGAACAGUAUGAAAAAAGGGAAUUUGUAUUCAAAUAGCUAAAUGCUUUAUGUAAGUCACUGUGCUUUUUUUUUUUCUGUUAGUGAGCUGAGAUAAAAGCAGCUGUACUCAAAAAGUGUGUUUUUUUCAUGGGAAAUGGUGGGGGAUUGUUUAUAAUCACUGGGAAUGAAGGAAUUUUAAUUGGCUGCACCUUUACCUCAGCUCUUCUGAAUUGUACAGGGCAGUGAUUUUCACGCUGUGUCUACUGUUCCACCCAGACCCCCGACCCCUUUGUAUUAAAACAGUGCUUCAGCUCUUUCAUGGGGAUUCUUUAUAAGAUUCUGUGGGAACAGAGAGUUCCGCUGAUAGUGGAGUUUGAAAACCCCUGAUUGAGCAAGAAACAAUCUUAGAAGACAGGAAAUGGGUAGAAAAAAUGAAUGUAUUAAAAUUAUGAGUAGGAAGAAGAUACGAUAUACAUUUAUUGCACAGACACAUUUUUUAUAGAAGUCAAAGACCUACAGAUGAACAGCAGAAUGUUUAAAGUAGUAUCUACUAGCAUAUUUCUGAUGCUUUUCUUAAUUUCUGUUGGUCAUCAGUUCUCUCUCCCCUGAAUGGAAUUUUAUAAUGGUCUAGAAUGAGAGUGUGAGUGUCCUUUAAGAGGAAAAAAAUUUAAUAACCAAAUGAAUAGUAAAAUUUACAUAGGUACAUUAGCAUGCCUUUACCACAGUUUACUUGUUAAGCAGUAAUAGAACAUUAUAUAAUGCACCUCAUUUAUUUAUCUGCUAGUUAGAAGUACCAUUCAGUUAAGAAUUAAAGAAAUGCAAGAGACAUAUGCUUAGUGAAAGAAAGCAAAAAUGGUAGAUAAUUUCCAAGAGGGUCUAAUGGUCAAUAUUAAUUGUUGGACCUAUGUUCUGUGACUAUUAGAAAGAUUGAGACAGCGUUUACAAAGAUAGUAGAUUUUCUUGUUUGUUUAAAUUUCAGCUCUGAAAGCAGAACUCUAGGAAAUGAUCUUGACCUAAUGAAGGGUCUGUCCCAUUACAUGGCAGUCCUGGAAACUACCACCAUGCUCCUGGGCCAUUUCAACUACUCCUGGAAUGUUUCAGCUAGGUUUUGGCCUCCCUGCUGGUAUGAGAGCAGAGAGGUCAUAUGAUUAAAGAAUGCAAGGAAUUUUGGAAACGGUAAGAAGAUAUUGGUAUCUUUAUUGAAGAAUCUAUUUGAAAAUAUCUGUUGCAGGAAAAACAGAUAAAUCUUCUAACCAAAGUAGAGACAUACCUAAAGGAACUACUUUCAUUUGGGAUUUUUAUGAAGGAACCUUCUAACAGAGUUGAGGAAAGGCCUACCUGAAUAAAAAGUUAAAGCAUGGUGAAUAGAAUAUCAAUCCAACAUACACUGAGAGGAAAUAAACUGAAGAAAGAUCUGUAUACCAUAGUCGAAUCUUUUCCUGCAUUUCUAGAUCUCAGAUGCUAGCAUUAUACCCAAACCAAUGGUGCCUUGCAAAACUGCUUCGUGGGCCAGCUGCCCUGGCUGCCUCAGAUCUCGAAGGAACCCUGUGAUCUGUGUGUGUCUAAUGUCAGUGAUUCAGGUCAGAGUUGAAACAAAGGCUCUUGUGUCUUCAUUCAGUUGAACAUGGUGUUUCAUUAUUUCCUUUAAAUACAAUUUAGAAAAGGAAAUUUCAAAAAAUUACAACUUUUUUACUGUUCAGUCUUUGUUAAAAAAAAAACCUGUUCCAUGGAUGAGGGCAGUCAUCUGAAACUUGUCAGUUCUCUCUCGACUACUUCAGAAAUCACUGAAAAGAAGCAGUAUAUUAUUAGCUCUGGGUCUUCUUAGGAAAAAUUAUUAUUUUUAAAGCAUAAAACUUUAUAUUCUUAAAGGAACAAAUAAAAUGCAUAUCUAAUAGACUCUUAGGUUAAUUUCUACUUGAUUGUUUCUAUUUUCACAUUUUUCAAGUUUCCAGAUUUUCUUUUGUGUGUCCAAUAGUUCAUCUUUCAUUCCUAUAAUAGAUGUUUUGUUUUAUUUGACUUUAGAACAAAAACUUGUGGGCACGUGACACCCAGACACCACCAUUUAGUUACUAUCGCAGAAUAGCUCUCAUCACAUCAUGUAUUAACAUAAACACUUUUUGACUGACACCAGCAUCCUAGAAGCAACUGGUGGAAUGGGAAAUUGUCUCUGGACUUGAGUUUUGCUCCUGUGGGAUAAAUUUUAGGUUUCCCAGCUAGUCUCUAAGGGUUGGCAAAGAAGUUCCAGGGGAUUCAUAUCACUAGAGGUAGUAAUGAUAUUGUUUCUAUUUUUUUAAAUCAAAUAGUUUGAGUGAAUUUCAUUUGAAAGCCUCCCAGCUUACAGUGGUAAAGCUCAGCAUUCUGUGAUCUCUACCCCUACCCAGCUAAGGACCCCUGUGAACAGUGCUAGAUGCUGAGCUGGUUUUGACCUUUUCACAAUUUUUAAUUGCUUGAAUUAUACUUUUAUCUGUUAAAGGCAGGUGGCAUAAUGAGCACUGACAAUAACAAAUAUAACACAUGAAUGUGAUGAUUCAGCAAUGUGAUCUUCACCAGAACUAUAUGGGCACGUCUCCAACCAAAAUGUUUACUCGGCAUAUACAGGCAUCUAGGACUUCAAAAAUGAAUGUUGAACAGAAAAUGUAAUUUUUGUAUCUGAUUAGGGUUAUCAUUUAAUGGGAAUGAUUUUAUAUUUAUGUAGCUUAUUUGUGAAGAAGUACUUUCAAAUAGCAACAUGAAAACUUUUUGUCAUUUGAAAAUAAAACAAUUAAAAAAAUAAGCCAGUACGUAUUUGUAAAGUGCUCAAUAUAUUAUUUCAUAAAAGCAGUUUUUAAAUCUGUUUUUCAAGUCAAAUAUGUAGUUAAUAUCAGUGUUCAUUUUAAUAUUUUGUUUGCCAGUCUGAGCAUACUAUAUUUUAUUUUUUAAUUUGAAAAGUCAUAGUGAUUUUGUUUUCAAAAUUAAAGCACCUUCAACACUGUGUACCACUGCUCAUACUUGUCUUUAUAUAAGAAUUUAGGAUAUCAUUGAUUACCAAUCCCUUAAUCACAACCCAAGGAAAUACAAAAUGUUUAUUUAAAUUUUUUUCUCAAGGUUUCUAUGAGAUGAUCACAUACUGAGCCUUAAGAGUCACACACUUGUGAAUAAUGACAAAUUUGCAGAAAAGGUGUUACCAAUUCUAGAGAGAACUAAACUAAAAUAUCCGUGUAAAACAGUUUCUCCAGAGGACUUUAAAAUACGCCUUCUUCCUAUUUAUUGGCAGUUUUGGUGUUAAGUUGUGGCCUAAGUGUGCCUCACUGAGACUGAGACCGGACUAUUAAAACUCAUUUCUAACUAAUAAACUGCCCUAUCACAGCUUGCUUCUCUACCUGGCUUUAAAAAUGUAUGUGUAGGUUAAGAAAGAGCACUGGCCUUACCCAAAUGGCCUGAGAAUACAAGCAGCAUCCCCUAACCUGCAAAUAAUCUGUAAAGAUAAAUGAGUCUUCAGUGCCUUCCCUUCCAGUAUUACCCAUGGUCUCUAUCAGCUUGUUUCGAUGUCUUUAAAAAUCCAGAGAUUGGUUCCUGCCAUGGGAAAUGAUUCCCCUCGUUUCCUCAUCGGGGCUCAUAAACGAAAUUUGCCCUUAGCUAAGAGCACUUACCUGAAUUAAAAGGACCAUUUUGGACUCAGGAGCACCGCCGUCGUGGUGGGGCAGAGUGGCAGGAUGUAAGGCCCGGCCUGCCUUCCCUUGAGCCCCAGCCUCAUCAGCAGGAAGCUAGUCACAGCGGCUCCCAGUUGAUCAGGUUACUCGAGGUGCAGAUCUGUUCGCCAUCCCUGCCAUCAGAGAAAGAAGCAGCACACUGACUUUGAAACACAGCUGCCAUUUUUAUUUUCUGUUUAACAAAAAAGUGGACUUUUGCCAGUAUUUGGGUCCAAGUUCUUGGCAUUCUCGGACGUCCAAUGGGGUUGCUUUUGCAUCUGUUUCUUAGGGAUGUUGAAGAAUGUGCCUUAUUCAAAGCAGUUGUUUGGUUUUACCAAAAAUAAAUCUUGAUUUUUCUCUGU